UCAUUCUUAUCAACAACCGAAUGCCUCCCUUUAAUUCCAUUCCACCCACCCACCCCUCUCCCUCCCCUUUCCUUUCCUAUAACCAUAACAUUCCUCUGCAUAUCAACGACUCAUCAUUCACCCAUGUCAUCCUUCACGUCGUAGCAAACAGCCGCUCUCAGCAUCGCCAUGGCCUCCUUCCUCUAAAGAAACAGAGCCGGAAACAGAGCAGGGGAAAAUUAGUCAUGGGGGCGCACCUCCACCUACUGCACCUGCGCAGGGGAGAAGGGGAAGGAGGAGAGGGAGUGGGAGGGAUACGAAAAGGGUGGAUCGGGAUACGGGUGGGGGCGGAGGGGGAGGAGCGAAGGCGGUUCGAGGUGCCGGUGGAGCACCUGAGCCACCCGCUGUUCGCGGAGCUGCUGAAGGCGGCGGAGGAGGAGUAUGGCUUCCGCCACCAGGGCGCCAUCACCAUUCCCUGCGCCGUCGACCACUUCCGCAGCGUUCAGACCAUCAUCCACCGCGAUUGUAACUUCCACCACCACCACAACUUCCACCUCUGUUUCCGGCCAUCGCCGUAGUAUCUUCCUUUUAAAAGUCUAAAGUGUUUUCUUUAGUUUCUAAUCCCAUAUUUUCCCCUUUUAUUUAAAAAAAAAAAGAAAAGAAAAUCCCUUUUACGCAAUA